AUGAGUGAUCUCGGAAAGUACGAUGAAUCAGAGACGAUGAAUCGGCAUGCGCUCGAGGUGCGUGACAAGGUUCUCGGGAAAGACCACCCCGAUACCCUAGCAAGUGCCAACAACCUGGCGCUGGUGCUGCAAUACCAGGGGAAGUAUGAUGAAUCAGAGACCGUGAAUCGGCGUGCAUUGGAGGGACAGGAGAAAAUUCUUGGAGCAGAUCAUCCAGAUACCCUCAUGAGUGUCAGCCACCUGGCUACGGUGCUAUGGAGACAAGGAAAAUACAGUCUAUCGCAGGCGAUGAAUCGGCGCGCCCUCGAGGAGCGGGAGAAAGUACUCGGACCAGAGCACCCUGACACCCUAGCAAGCCUCAACACCCUGGCUAUUGUGCUGGAAUACCAAGGAAA